UUGGCAUUUUCACUCCAACAUGGUGACCGCGCCACCUAGUGAACGUUUCCAGAAAAGCAGCGUUUCUUUGGUUAUACGCUCUUUGGUGGAGUGGAACUCAGACAUUCAUGCAUGAAUGCAACGUUUCGUAUCUGCAGAUCUGCCCCUCGCAUAUUACAAACCGGUUUAUUGAAAUCUUUCACCUCCUGUCAUUAUAAGAUGGCAUCCACGAAACACAAGAACACGAAAAGAAUAGAAGGUCUGGACAAGAAUGUAUGGGUGGCCUUCACAUCAGUUGCAGCAGAUCCUUCCAUUGUUAAUCUUGGUCAGGGUUAUCCAGAUAUUCCUCCCCCUUCCUAUGUGAAAGAGGGUCUCGCUCAGGCUGCAAUGGUAGACAGGCUGAACCAGUACACACGUGGCUUUGGCCACCCAACACUGGUUAAAGCUCUGGCAAAAGUAUAUGGAAAAGUGUAUGACCGUCAGCUCGACCCAUUUAAAGAGAUCCUGGUGACAGUGGGUGGAUACGGGUCUUUAUUUAGCACUAUGCAGGCUCUGGUUGAGGAGGGCGAUGAGGUUAUUAUUAUCGAACCUUUCUUUGAUUGCUAUGUUCCCAUGGUAAAAAUGGCAGGGGCUAAACCAGUUUUAAUACCUUUGCGAUUGAAACCGACAGCCACGUCCAGUAUAAGCAGUGGAGACUGGGUUCUGGACCAAGAAGAACUUGCCAGUAAAUUCAACUCUAAAACCAAAGCCAUCAUCAUCAACACUCCCAAUAAUCCGAUUGGAAAAGUAUUCAGUAAGAGUGAGUUGCAAGCUAUUGCUGACCUAUGUAUCAAACAUGACACCCUGUGCUUCAGUGAUGAGGUAUAUGAGUGGCUCAUAUAUAAAGGCCACGAGCAUGUUAAGAUAGCAACUCUUCCUGGAAUGUGGGACAGAACGAUCACUAUUGGCAGUGCAGGGAAAACAUUCAGUGUGACUGGAUGGAAGCUGGGUUGGUCAAUCGGACCUGAACACUUGAUCAAACACCUACAGACCGUUAUGCAAAGCACUCUGUAUACGUGUCCAACCCCGUUACAGGAGGCGGUUGGUCAGGGUCUUCUUCGGGAUUGUGAGCUGAUGGGUAAGCCAGACUGCUACUUUUCCUCUCUAGCAUCAGAGCUGGAAGGGAAAAGAGAUCGCAUGGCAUCUAUGUUAAGACAGGCAGGCAUGACUCCAGUGGUUCCUGAAGGAGGAUACUUUAUGGUUGUGGAUGUCACAGCACUUAAUCAGGACCUGUCACAUAUAGGAGAUGAUGAAGCAUAUGACUACAAGUUUGUCAAAUGGAUGAUCAAAGAGAAGAAACUGGCUGCAAUUCCUGUGACAGCCUUUGUGGGGGAAGCUUCAAUAAAGCAGUUUGAGAAGUACAUUCGUUUGUGCUUUAUCAAGCAAGAGAGCACAUUGGAUGCAGCAGAAGCCAUUUUAAAGAACUGGAACAAGGGUUGACUCCUGAAUGCCUGAUCAUGCAGUGAUGUAGUAUUUAAAGCUUACUGACUUAAAAGUGUGCAUAAUUACACAGUGCAGAUUCACCCUGCCUUAAUACUGUAAGGAACAUGUAUGUUCAGAUUUACACUUUUAUUAAUUUGUUUAAAUUUGGUGUUCAUACAUCCUCUUACAGUGACCAAUACUGUGGGUGUCUUGAAUUUUGGGUUUGUAAUUGAGGUAUAACUUUUACGGUCUUUUUAGGUUCUUUGUGCAUGUUGACAGUAGUAUUUUGUCACAAAUUUUCUUACAUUUAUUCAUGGAUGUUACUUGUAUAAAUAAAAUCCUUUCAGAGGUAAAAAAGCAGAUGACUGCGAGCUGGAUUCGCACUUGCGCAGCCGACUUCGGUGUAGAUCAGGGCUGCGUUCUCCGAAACUACCUUAACGCUACGUCGUUCUUAAGUUGUACCUUAAGCUGUACCUUAUUGCUAAUACGUGUUUGCCGAAACGUUUUUAGUUAUGUAUACCUUCUGUAAGUCAUACGUUCGGAAGGUUGGUCUGGAGCACUCUUAGCUAUACCUUAUCCCACAUGACUCCACUAGGGGCCUUUCAUAAAAGCUUACAUUGCAGUCCAUAUAACAAAACAAAAAAAAAACUUGCAAUACACUCCGUGUUUAAGUAGGCAAAUAUUUUUUUAUAUUUAAAGAAUAAACCAUUCACAUAAUUAGACAUCAUUACAUUGAUGGUUGUUAGAUUUUUAAUUAUGUUUUCCAAAGGGACAUCAGCUGCGAACUAUUAAAUGCUACAGGAUUAAGAAACUAUUUAAAAAAUAUAUUUUGGGUGAUGGAGUUGGUGAAACUGCAGCUAUACAGCGAAUCCUAUCCUACUAUUUCAUUUGUGCAUUUCAUAUCCGUUAAAUCUUAGUAUUUUAGCUGCAUAAAUAAAUCGGGAAAAAUUCCAAAAAAAACAACGAAUUAUGAUUAUUAACGUUAAUUCGACUUUGCAUCGAAGUUUUUUAAUGUUUUAUAACUUUAAGGGAACUGCAUGCCAUAUUCUUUAUAAACAUUCAAAAUAAACUGCGCACUUGAUUACUGCUUGUAUAGUCUCCUAAAAUUUCCACAUUAAAACUAAUCAAAGCUAAAAUCUACAGCACUCAUACUAUACAUUUAUAUAGGCUAUUAUAUCAUAUUUUAUAUGUUAUAUUUAGACAGACAAGCUCCAGAAAUGCGUCCAUUAAGCUUUAUCUGCAUUGUAAUCAUGCUGCUUGUGUAUCCAGUGUCCAAGCAUAAUAAACGCGUGAACUAAUGAACAACAGCAGUUUGUUUUUAUAUAUUUUAAGUGUAAUGCACAGCCAAGUACUUGCAUGACCCACCUUAUUCCCCUGUGCAAUACACUUAUUGGGAACCCCUAAUAUAAAUGAUCCUUUCAAGGCAUAGCGGAUGAAUUGGAGCAGUUUAAACAUGAUACGUUUGGAAAUAAAGUUGCGGGUUUUGCACGGGUUUGAGAAAAAAUAUAGAAGGUUGAAUUUAGUUGUUUGCCAUUUGAAAUAUUUUUUACCAGAUAUUCCUAAUAAAUUUAACUUGAACUAUUUCUAAAAUGUUUCUUUAAUAAAUAACACCGCUAUCUCAUAACGCAGCGAAACCUAUUACAUGAAGUGAAUAAUUGAUUGUCGAGCAAUCGAUAUCAACCUAUUCAGCACCUCCACCAUGGACAGUACCCGCUAAGGUCGAACUUAAGAAGGUUUACCUUAAGCAACAUCCUAAGGUAUAGUUCGGAGAACACACGUAGGAGAGGUAUACCUGUAGUUAAGGUUUACCUUAAGAGUCUUCGUAGCGCGCUAAGAGACAACGUUAUCGGAGAACGCAGCCCAGGCCUGGAGUCAUCUACUGUCUGGGUUGAAAGUGAAGGGGAACUAACAUUAUGAAAUAAAUUAUUUUCUCUAACACACACUGGACACAAUUAUCGGCACCCUUUCAAUCCUCUUUGCUACCUCAAUUUUCAUGUAUUCUUGCAUUAUAAUGCAUGAUGAGGUUGAAGAAUUCAUGGCAAGUGAUUUUAGAUUAAAAAUUGACCUCCUCUGAUAGACAGUACAGUUUGUCCAAAGGUAUCUAUGCGGGAUUUCUAUAUCUCCUCUGAGUACAGCUCUGGUACAAUAACCUCUGUCAGACCUUGGUUUAAUGUAUGUAGAAAGUGAUGGUGGAGCAAGUCCAUGAAAACCUUUAAAAAUUAAGCAACUAAUUUUAAAAUGAAUACAAUUUUCAAAAUUGAGCAUGUUGUAUUUUCCGAGAAUAUUACACUGAUGAAAUGACAAAGGUUUUUGAUCAAAUAUAUUUAUAGAUUUUUUGAAUAACAUUUCUAUGGGUUUUAAAUUUGUAUUUCCAGUGAGUGACCAGGUUGUAAUGCAGUAAUCUAUAUGUGAAAAUAUCUUUGAAUGUAAAAACAUUUUAGCAGAAGUAAUAGUAAUUGAUGUUCUAAUUUGUUUAAAGUUUUGUAAAUUGAAUUUGAUUCUGUUCGCUGUAAGUUUAAUGUGUUUUUUAAAUGAGAGUGUUUGGUCCGACUUGAACUCCUCCACAAUGUCAAGUUCCAUUCCCCCCAGGAACACAUUGAACCGCUCCAGUUUUAUGGGAUUUUUAGUGAAAAUCAUAACUACAGUUUUCUUUUUGUUCAAUAAUAGGCAAGAUUUAGACAGCCAAUGCUGUAUAUUCUCCAGUUCUGCACAGUUUGCACAAAAGGUACUGUAAUAAUUCACUGAAGGCAAAUAAACUCUGCAAAGAAUCGAUAACAAUAAAGUCGUUUUAAAGUAGUUUAUUUCUGAUAACAAACAAAAUAAACAACAAGUAGAUAACCUUAGUUUAAAUCAUAGCUAAAGCAUAUCAAAAACUGUGAUCCAUGAUCGCGGAUUAAAGAGUGCAUUGUGCAAACUACUCUUACGAUCGAGUGUACUUUGUGCAACUGAGAUCAGCUGUCAGACCAAUAUAACCACUGAUUACAGUAUUGUGAAUAUGCAACAGCGCAUAUAUUUGGGUCUAUUAAUUAUGUUGCAGGUCAUUUUGCUGUAAUGUGUGUGCCUGUAUUUGGCUAUCGGUGGUCCCGAUCACUUUUUAAAACAGCUGUGCAGUUCAAAUGAUUACUCUACUAGGCCAUCAGUGCAGCACUGACAUUCACGAAAAAAACCCAGCCAAUAUUGAUAUGUGGGCCCCAAGUGGGUCCUAUCUAGGCAGCAUGGGUUCCAUUUGGUCAUGGGCUUAACAUGGGCAAUAUAUGUGGGUCCCAUGUGAGUUUCACUAUGUGGGUCACAUAGGUUUGCCAAUGUGGGAUGAUAAUAUGGGAAAAUAAUUGCAUGCUUGAAAUACAUCUUUAAACAUUUAAACUCUUGAAAUAAAUACUUUUGGUUGAUUGUCAUUUUUAUACAAAGAGCAAAUAAUAUCACAUGUGUGAUCUGAUCAGUAUAAAACCUUUUAAAUAAAAGGCAUUCUUUUCUAUUGUGUUUCAUAUAAGGAAAUAUAAUUAUGACCUGCUCACUGCUUCCACACAUUACGCUUGACUAGUCCUGUUUCAAAUGUUUUUAAUUACGAAUUUAUUCACAUAAUUUAAUAUCAUUUUAUAGAAUCUUUACUGAAAAAAGGCAGACUUUUAAAAUUACAACUAUAAAGAUUAUAAACAGGAGUCCCUUACAACUGGAAACAUUUGUAUACACUUUGUGAUUUAUUCCCAGUUUUGUUUUUAUAAAAUGGAAAACUACAGUGCAAGUUCACAUACAGCACAGCGAUGAAUCAAAGCAAACAUGCAAAAGCAUUUAAUGAGCUUGGCUGUGGAUGCUUUGGCAGUUCUUCAUAAAACUAUUGAGCAAAGAUCAAAUGAUCAGAAUUAAGACCAUCUCCAGAACAGUGAGC